CUUUUAGGUUAUUCCAGCGGCGAACGGCGCCGCCGAGGAUUCCGAGGGUCCGGGCGUCUUCGCCGGGAACGCCGGGACGAAACGAGGACGACGACGAACGCGGAACGGCGGCCGGAGACGGCGGAGAGUCCGGGGACACGUGCGCCGCGGUCGAACGGGGGUUAGGUUAGGUUAGGUGAGGUUAGGUCGCGCCGCGGUGUCAAGCGCACGGCUUGGUACGGUUGCCACGUGCGUGCGGCGCCACGCCACGCACGUGUGCGUCGUACACGUGCGUGGGGUACGAAGCGACGUGUUUACGCACCUCCACGCCGGCGAGCGUCGACUAGGGUGGCUUUCGCCGAGCGCGCGAAAACGGCCCCCGCGACACGGCGAGCACGACCGAGCGACUGCCCGCUGAAGACUGUUCGCGGCCGCGCCGACGUUCCGCGUAGAAGCGAGCGGAUCGUGUGCGCCGCCCCGGAUCGGAGAGGCAUCGGCUGAUAACGCCGCAACACUGUUUGAGGUCUCUAUUCACUCCGUAUCUCCUUCGCAAUUAAUGUUAUCUCAGGGUCAUGUCAUCUUAGGCACUAUGUGUCAAUGAUUAACGCGCGCGGUAUGGUUGGCCGACGGCCGCUUCCUCCUCGCGGCCCGUGCCUGGGGCCCCCCGACGCGUAGCGCCUAGUCGACUUUGCUCGGCGCGAGAUUGCGCGGACGCGGAUCUGGCCCACACAGCUGUCGACGCGGACAUGGACCUCUUCGUGGGCGUGGACGUGGGGACGGGCAGCGUCCGGGCGGCCCUCGUCACCUCCGGCGGCAGGAUCAAGAAGGUGGCCACGUGCCCGCUCGAGAUAUUCCACCCGGCGCCCAACUUCUACGAGCAGUCCUCCGAUAACAUUUGGAGCGCCGUGUGCCACGUUGUCAAGUCAGUCGUCGCCGACAUCUCCGCGGAGGACGUUAAGGGGAUUGGAUUCGACGCUACGUGCUCGCUGGUGGCGGUGGACGAGGCGGGCUCGCCGGUAACAGUCAGUCCCACAGGGCAGGAGAAGCAGAAUGUCAUACUGUGGAUGGAUCACAGAGCGCGCGAGGAAGCCGACCUGGUCAACUCUACCGGCCACGAUAUACUGCAGUACGUGGGCGGCAAGGUUUCUCUCGAGAUGCAAACGCCGAAGAUGCUGUGGCUGAAGAAGAAUCUGCCCGCUUCCUGGAGCGCGACGGCGCUGCUGUUCGACCUACCCGACUUUUUGACGUGGAAAGCCACCGAGUCGGAGUCGCGAUCCUUGUGUUCGUUAGUAUGUAAGUGGAACUAUAGCGCCAAUCCCAACGGUAGGAACGGAUGGGACGAGGAUUUCUUUGAGCAGCUCAAUUUACGGGACCUGAAGAAGGACAAUUGGAGAAAAAUAGGUAACGAUGUAAGGGUACCGGGUGACGCGAUUGAAUCCGGACUGUCGACGAAAGCCGCGUCGGAAUUGGGAUUAUUGAAAGGCACGCCGGUUGGGACCUCGCUGAUCGACGCACACGCCGGUGGGCUCGGCAUGAUCGGCUGCUACGUGCCGGACGUGUCGCAGAAUUUCUCCAAUCGAUUGGCUCUGAUUUGCGGCACGUCGACUUGCCACAUGAUAGUCAACGAGAGCAAGGUAUUCGUGAAUGGCGUUUGGGGCCCGUACUACAGCGCGAUGGUGCCCGGUUUCUGGCUCAACGAGGGAGGUCAGAGUGCAACCGGUAAGCUGCUCGAUCACGUCAUCGACACGCACCCAGCGACGCCGGGUAUCCUGAAGACCUUAGGCGGCAACAAGCACAUUCAACAAUACUUGUCCGAACUGUUGCACGUUAUGGCCGAGCAGAAGAAUCUGCAGAAUGUGUCGUAUCUGACGAAGGACAUACACGUGUGGCCGGAUUUCCACGGUAAUCGCUCGCCCCUUGCCGAUCCAACACUGAAAGGAAUGAUAUCCGGAUUGUCCUUGUCUGUGGAUCAGGAGAAUCUAGCGUUAUUAUACUUGGCAACAGUGCAGGCACUAACGUACGGUACGAAGCAUAUAAUCGAAGUUCUGUCGGCGGCAGGUCACAAUAUAGAGAGUAUAUUAGUUUGCGGCGGACUCAGUCAGAAUCCGCUGUUCAUCCAAAUACAAGCCGACGUGUUAGCGCUACCGGUACUCUGUCCUGUGGAACGAGAAUCGGUUUUGGUAGGCGCGGCGAUUCUCGGUGCGUGUGCCACGAAAAAAUAUUCCAUGCGCGAGACUGUCCAGAGAAUGGCGGGGCCGGCGAACAUAGUGAAACCGACGAGCGAGUGUUACAAAUAUCACUUUCGGAAGUAUCUCGUAUUCAAGAAAAUGGUUCAAGACCAACAAGAAUACAGGAAAUUAAUGAGCGAAGAAUUAUAGCCUCCCGUUCUUCCGUUCCUUUAGCCUAAACCGAUUAAGAAUAGACUGUAUUUAGUAAAUAUUUUUAUAAUCGGGAGUCUGAAUGUGAAGAUAAACGAUCUGCGAAUAUAUAUAUUAAUAUAUGUAUAUGCAUAUAUUCGAUAAAUAUUCAGAGAGAAUCUCCGAAGAAUGCAAAUAAUAUAAAUAUUAGAGAUGGGUUUAAUACUAGAGAAAAUUAAAGAUUCAGAUCGGGCAUUGUGCAAAGAAACAAUAUUUUGCUGAAAAGAGAAUGUCGAUACCGCAGAAAUAUAUUUCCUCUUGUAAUAUGCAACGCGUAAAAACAAUUGAAGAUACUUACUGUGUCGUUAAUGAUGUUAAUGACAGCAAUAUUUAUAUGCAUAGUUUUCAAUUUACUAUGUCGCCUUUAUAAUGCAAUCACCAAGGAUUUAAAGUACUGAUAUGUCAUAGUAAAUUUAAUAUAGCAAACAGUACUUUGCGACGAUGAAUGUUCCUUUGCGAUCGAUCUAACUCAUCGUGUGAUCUGAAAAAGACAGCACCCCUGUUGUUAGAUACUUUUAUACUCCUUUAAUUUUGAACCUCUAUUUUGUAAUGCAAAGAUAGAAAAAUAUGUGGGAAUUUAUAUACUGAUAAUAUUAAUUCAUAUACAGCCACGUUGCUGUACAACGUUCUCCAUCUGCAAUGUACUCUAUAUUGUAUGCACAGAUAUUUCUCGCUACAAAUUAUAUUCUGUUAAUAAAUUCCUUUAAAGAACAA